AUGGCGAAGUUAACUACGCCACAGAAUUCGAAGAAGAAAACUUUAAGAGAAAAAGCUGAAAAACAAAAGAAAGCAGCAGUAAAAGCCGUUUUACAAAACCCAUUUAAAACUACUUGGCCAAGCAUUUCUGUUACAAAGCAGCAAGAAGUUCUGGAGUAUCUUGAACGACUUCUACAACCCUUGCAUGAUGCAAAUUUACAGGAUGGCAAGAAGAAGAAGAAAAAGAAUGCUGGGGAAACAAAGGAAGCCAAUCCUGAAUCUGUGAAAAUCAGAUCUCAAUUUGUUAUUGGAACGAAUUGUGUGACAAGAAUGUUGGAGAAAGACAAAUUGUCGUUGGUGCUAGUUUGCAAAUCGGCUCAUCCACCAAUCAUAGUGAAGCACUUGGCUGAACUGAGUGCAGUCAGAUGUUGCCCAGCCAUGUUACUCAAUGGAUUAGAUACUUUGCUUUGUUCCAAGCUCAAAAAAAAGUCAGCUGUGGCUAUUGGAUUCAAGAAAAGAAAAAAAGCCAAUGGUUACUUUAAAGAAUUUAUUUCUUCCGUUAGUCCUCCAGAAAUUCAUUUUCCUUAUUUAAACAACCAUGUUGCCAAAUUCAUCAUUGACAAGAAAGUAAAAUUACUUGAAAACGUGUUUCUUAUAAAAUAUCUAUCUAUCUAUCUAUCUAUCGUAAAACGUAAAGAAGAUCUAUAG